UCAAGACAAAAGUCUUUUCGCGUGGAAAUGGAGAAAUGGAAAGACAAACGCAUUAAACGGAAAGGUGUGUACGUGUCACCGUUAGUGACCGAACUGCCACUGAAGAAAAAGAAAACUGAGAUAAAAGGGAAGACCACUGUUCAAACCUUUAAACAGGAACAGCACAAACAACAUGAUGCUCGUCAAAACCAGGAUGAGAGCCAGGAACAAAUAGCCGUUUGCCAAAAAAUAGCAACAUACAUGGCUAAUAAAGUGUCGGUCACAGUAUGGAAAGGAGAUUUAUGUGCCUUCAAAGUGGAUGCAAUUGUGAAUGCAGCUAAUGAAAGUCUCUCUCACAUGGGUGGACUUGCAAAGGCACUGUCUGCUACUGGAGGACGUACUAUCCAAGCAGAGAGUGAUGUCUUCAUUGCCAAAAAUGGCAAAUUAAAGGCUGGACAAGUUGCAGUUACCACAGCAGGCAAACUACCUUGCAUGAAGCUGAUUCAUUUGCAGUGAGCUCUGGAAUAUUCAACUUUCCAGUCUCAAUUUGUGCUGAUGUUGUAGUCACCACAAUCAAAAAGUACAUUAAACAUAAG